AUGUCCGGUAGUCCCUCGGUGAUCCGGCGCCCAUUCUUCGAAAAGUCAAACACCGAACUCACAUCCUCCCUGCGUGCAAACUUCUCCGCCCAUCAGUCCUCACCACCCUCCACAGCGCAUGGCACAGCUGCGAAACCAAACUACAAGUCAUGGACCACACAAGAGUCCAGCAACGGCACCCUCUUCAUACCCACACAUUCACCCUCCCCUCUCAGCGAACCACGGGAAUCAUACGACAUCACGGUCAAAUUGUUCUAUCUACCGAACAUACCCACAGAUAGACGAUGCGCGCAAACACGCGACGCCAUCGAGCUCGUACUCAAGGAAUUAGGCACCUCCUGCAUAGAUCUCCUCAUCGUCAGUUUCCCAGGAGUCUCCUUUGACGCAGAUGACGAGGACUCUGAUCUCGACGACGAAACGACCUCCGCACCGCCCUCCACAUCCUCGCCCACCCUCAACGAUGGCGACUGCCCCGACGCCGACGUACCACCCGAGGACAUGGAAACCAUCAUCACCACCUGGCGGUCCCUCGAGAAGCUCCAAAAAGACGGUCUCGUCUCGCGCCUCGGUAUCGCUGAAUUCGGCGUCACGAGGCUAGCCAAGUUCCUCGAGCAAGUUAACGUCAAGCCCAGCGUCAACCAAAUCAACGUGAGAGAUUGCUGUGUAGUCCCAAAGCCAUUGAUUUUGUUCGCAAAACAACAGCAGGUGGAGCUCUUGACACACAAUGACUGCACCAACAUCCUCCCUCGCGGCACCCUACGGCAACUCCUAGGCACUGGGCCGGAGGGAUGCGGUGUUCUUGCCGGAGAGGGAAAUCCAGACGGCUUGAGAGGCAAUGUGGAACCGCAAUGGGUAAUCAAAUACACAGCUGUAGUCAAAGACCGGGGUGUGGUGGAGAGUAAAGGGUAUUUUGCGGCUGCCGAGUUGACGGAUUCAUAA